AUGGCAACUGUGCAAAUGACUCGUCAGCCCCGGCUGGCAGAUGAUGCCGCGACAGCUGCCCUAUAUGUGACAAAGCCUGAACGUAGGGCAUCUCUCCGCGCCCCGACCGCAACCAACACCCAGCACUUCAACACACGCGCGGUCGGUGGUACUCCAAAACUCAGCCACGCCUCCGCUGCCUCCGCUCUCGCGCACGCGAAUCGCAAACCUGUCGAGGUAUGGAGGCCGCCGGCUAGACAGCCUGCCGCUGAGAAGGCUGCAUUAUGCGUGAAGGAUUACGCUCCGCCCAGCAACCCCAACCCACCACCCAGCACAGUGCAGAGGGACUGGGAGCCGCAAUGCUCGCUCUCAGUAACAGAUGGUUACAACUAUACCGCCGUCGGUGGUGACCCGAGGGACAAGGCGCUCAAGGCCGCGUCGGGCGCCUACACGCUCUCGCGUAAGAGAGCCGACUCGGCACCCAGUGAGCCAGGGGUUACCUCCGAAUUACCAUAUGGCCGUCCAACCGAUGGUGCGCGACAGGCUAGCCUGGAAGAGGACCCUCUUGACCACUUAGACCCUGCUAUUGAAGCAAGCCGGAUCCAACAUGCGGCUAACACUAACCCGAAGCUGUAUACUGCAUCGCCACCUGUCCAAAGCGAAAUCGAAGAACGAAACUACCGGAACUCGCAACGCGCUGCUGCCAUCUCAAUGGCAAAGGACAUGUACAAAGUCACCAGCACCAAGAAGGAAUCCGGCCAGUCGCCCGCCCUCAUAGCAGCUCAAAAAGGACAGAGCCAACUGGGCUACCGUAAGACCGUAUCAACCGCGGACGGGGCUGCGCUCCGGCGUGCGAUCGCCCUACAAGAGGCAGCGCAAAAGCGAGCCGCCGAGAAGCUGGCGCUCAUGCAGGAUGAGCAUGCUGACUACCAGCGAUAUUAUGGCACUGCACCUCAGCCACAACGGUCACGCUUGACAACCCGCCGCAAGAGAACUUCAAGCGAUGCGGAUGCCUCUCAGACCGACGCGGAGCAGUCGCGGCAAAUCCGGAGCCAGAUGACCACCCUGCGGACCAAGUUGGAUCAAGUAGAUGAGCAAAAGACAAAGGAUCGUGAAUUGCUUAUGCAGGCUGCCCGCCGCAAUGUGGACCAAACCCUCCAGGACAUGGAGGCACAAGUGUACGCUGACACCGGUCGCCCUCCGCCUUCUGUACAGAAGGAGUGGGAUGAAGUUGCCCAGGAACGCGUGCGACGGGAGGCAGAGGUUUACGAAGACGCUACCACCCGAGGGAAUCGAGUGAACAUUGGCGGCCAAAAAUACAUGGACAUGGCCGAUAUCGACGCCAUCGCUCGAUCGCGCCUCCAGCCUGCUCUAGAUGAGGUUACCGAGGACGCUGAGCUACGGAGAGCCCAUGAUAUCGAAACCCGUCUGGAUGCUGAGGAGGAGCAGAGACAUGCUGCCGUGGAGCGUCAACGUGAAGCUGAGGUGAAGGAGUUGGAGAAGCAAGAAAAAGAUGCAAGCAAGCGCGACAAAUCCGAGGGCAAGGUCCCCAAAUUCUUCUUGUGGCGGAAGAAGGGUAAACGAGCUCGGGUUGAGAAACCUGAGACCGAAGAGGCUCAAGCUGUCCCACCUGUUUCCCAGGAACCUGUCCCCCAGGAACCUGUCUCCCAGGAACCUGUGUCCCAGGGAGCUGUGUCGCAGGGAGCUGUAGCAGAGCAGGCUCCGACUACAGCCGCAGACAGCAAUAUCUCGACCGUGACCAUCCCCGAGCAAGCCUCUAUUGAGACAGAGGACAAUGUUUCAAGGGUCACCAUUCCUGAGGAAACUUCCGUUGUAACAGAGACACCCGAGACUCAACCUUCAAAGCCCGACGAAAACGACGUGCCCGCUGCAGUCCCACGGCGGCCGACACGAAGCCAGACUGAGCCGCCCCAGAUCGAGCAGCGAGACGCCGCCGCCUCAGGCCCAACAAUUGUGCACUACUUCACGCCACCAGUCACAAGCCCGCGCGCCGACACCAAGCUCAAGAACUGGUUCCGCGAUCGUCUCGUUCGCCGCUCCAGUGGCCCGGUCCCCAUCUACCCACACCAGCCGGGCCCGGAGUCAAGCACAGACAACCAACCCGCCUUUCAAGGCGGCGCCACUCUAACCGGUCGUGACGAGCCGCGCCGUGCAGCACUUGGCUCGCACCCCCCCUGGCGUGGCAACGAUCUGGAUGUGACCAAGACUAAAAGUGCCGACUCUGUGCCAAACUCUACCAAGCAAAAUGGCAAUGGUAAGAAGAGGAACCGUCUGAGCAGGACGCUCCUCAGGGCCGUCUCGCGUAGUCCGGAGCAGUCGAACGAUGACGACUCCCGUCAUGAUUCGGGAGUUCAAUCUUCGUCUAAGGAUGUCGGCGGUAAUAUCCAGAGUCUGCAGGAAAGUAGUAUUGGGCAGAGUCUUCCUGUGCCGCCUACUAUUGGCGAGACCGUGAACGGGAGAAGAGAAUCGAGGUUCUCUGAGAAUCUGUGA